GUGGUAGGGGAAAGGGAGGUCAUGUGGUGCCAGAACUGUCCCCCGGGGUACUUCCACAGACUCCCAUGGUCUAUAAUUCAUGCCUCCUUUCACUCUGCCCUCCGUCCUUGAGAGUCCCCUGUGCCCAAGGGUCCCAGGUGGUCUCCAUCUGAGGGCUCCCACAAAUGCUGGUCGAAGCUCCUGAGUGGACAACAGGGGUUUAUUUAUAGAAAGACCCUCAUAUCUUAUGACCAUGAUACCCUACCUCUUACCUCCCGUCGCUGUGCCAGAAAAGGAGGGAGAGAAGAAAGGGGCUUAGAUGGGGGAGGCAGUGUUGGUGAAGGUUUUUCUACUAAGCAGAACAAAUGGUGUAGGUGUGGCGUCAGACCUGUCUCUUGCUGCUUCUUGGCAGAGGGCUAGGCUGCUCCUCACAGAGGAUAGUCUUCUGUGCCCCUGUGUUCAAGGAGCUGGUGGACUGAUGAUGAGUACAGCUGAUAAUGUUAUAUACACAUGAAAAUGACUCAGAGAAUAGACUUUAAGGGUUCUCACCACAAAUAAGAAUAUGAAGUAAUGUAUAUGUUAAAUAGCUUGACUCAGACAUUUUUCAAUGUAUACAUGUUUCAAAAUAUGUUGUAUGCCAUAAAUAUGUACAAUAUUAUUAUUAUUAUUGUUAUCAUCAUCAUCAUCAUCAACAGGGAUUAAACCAAGGGUUGCUUAAACAUUGAGUCACAUCCCUAGCCCAUUUUCUUUUUUAUGUUGAGACAGAAUUAUGUCAUGAAGCCCACCAUAGAAGUGAGGGAAACUGGGAAGAUAUUAAGUUGGAUAGAUUGCUACCUCCUUUCUAAAACUGGAGUUCUGUCACAAUAAAAAGUAAGAAGUGGAGCUAGGAUCAGCAAUGAGCACUGCCUACUUUUAUUAGCACUGGGCCUGAAAGGGGGAUAACCAUCACCAAACGUCUCCCCAUAAACCAUAUUACAUGGUCUCUGUAUUAGCUGCUUUCUGUUGCUCUAACAAAAUACCCAAGAAUGGGUACUUUAUAAAGAGAUGAGGUUAAUUUAACUCAAGAGUCCAACAUUUGGCAGCCCCUGAGACUGACCUUUGGUGAGAGUGAUCACAACAUGGUGAAUGGCAUCAUGGUGGGAGGACCUGCAAGGGGUAGAGACUGAAUGGCCAGAAACUGGGGAGGAUAAGUCUUGUUCUUUUUAUAACACCCCCCCUCUCACAGGAACUAACGGGGGCCCAUGAGAAGUCCAUUACUCCCUUCCAAGGGCCUCAUCCUCAGUGGCCGAAUUACCUCCCACUAGGCCCCAAUUCUUGCAAGUUCUACCCCCUCAACACUGCUGCACCUAGGACCUAGCCUCCAGCCUAUGAACCUUUGGGGGACAAACUACAUCCCAUCCUCACAAGCUCCAACAAAGCCACCAGUGUAAGAGCAGGAUGUCCCAGUCUACAAGUGUGUAUGUGAGGGCAGAGGAGGGUUGAUAUCAGAGGGCACUGGAAGCAGCCAGAGCCCCCAUUCCGGAACCCCUGUGAUGUCACACUUGUAGUCAUGGUACUCUGGGUGCCAACCCAGGAGAAGGAGCGGUUGGCUCUCAUUUGUUUGAGAGCAGGCAGCGAAGCAUGACUGUAUCAGACGACUUAUUGUCCCCACCCCAACCCCCAGCCAGAUCCUGGCUUUUUGCAAGCCUUUGGGCUUGUGUGAUGGUAGCAGCCCUGGUGUCCCUGAGCACCAUAUACUUCACUUUCACAUGCCGAGCACUGGUGCAAAAUGGAGAGUGGGUCUUUCCAGUGGCCUCAGGCCUUCUCUGCCUACUCAGUUUAUAUAGCCUCAUUUCCAUGAACAUCUCAGACCCAGGAAUUUUACACAGAGGCGCCUUCGAGCAGGACCCUGAGGCCCUGUACAGGGCACGAGUGAAUGGCAGGUUAUACGACAUGCCGUGGUGUCCCACCUGUAAUUUUCACCGCCUGCCUCGAACCUUCCACUGCGAGAGUUGUGACAUCUGUGUGGAAGUGAGUGUUCCUCCUCCCUGUCCAUUCAUCAACCCAUCCCCAGGCACCUGGCCAGGACCAGGAACCGCACGACAUGACUGGGCCGGGGGGUGGGUAUGAGACCAUCUUCUCAAACUGCUUCUAGUGGCAUAGAGACGUCAACACCUCAGUGUCUGCACCUGCCCAGGGAGGCUGGCCUUACUUGCACAGGUGCUGACAUGCAAAGGGCAUCCCCUCUGUGCUGAGCCUGGUGGAGUCAGGGGGAGGAAAAGCAGUGACUGUCCCCUCUCCUGGCUUGCUGAUACUAGAUCCCCAGCCCUUUACGCUGACUGCUGCCCUGUCCUGGGAAUCUUUGCCUGUCUUGGUCUGGGUGUCCCAGUUGGAGGGUUUCCUGGGUUCUGAGUGCAUUUCUCUGAU